AUGUCAUCACCAGAAGUGGAACGCUUUGAAAUGAGUGACUAUGAUUACAAUCAGAUAUUUGACCCAACUGGCGCCAGGAGAAACCAAACUAAAAACCAGGCAACCUAUGGUAUUUGGGCAGAGAAAGAGAGUGAUGAUAGUGAUACUGAAAUGGUGGGGUUUGGAGGCAGGGGUCGCAAGAGGAAGCAGCAGGCUCCAAGUCUGGGCAGUGGGAUCAGUUUUGUCAGUGGCGGGUUCAAGGAGGAGCAGAGUAAAGAGGAUGAGAAAGCUGAGGAGACCUCAUGGAUACACAAAAAGAAAGAAUCCAUCAGGGAACCCCCCAUGCCUCGUUAUGUCAAGAGCCACAUGAAAGAUCAGGACAGAGAGUUUGGUUCCUGGGAGAAACACACAAAAGGAAUAGGACAAAAACUUCUUAUGAAGAUGGGUCACAAACCAGGGGAAGGACUUGGGAAGAAAGGACAGGGCAUCAUUAAGCCUGUAGAAGCUUUCCUACGUAAGGGCAGGGGAGCUGUGGGGGCCCACGGGAAAGAGAGGACAGAAAAAUCCAUAAAGGAUUACCCAGUCAAAGAUGAGGAGGCGGAAGAGGAGAAGGAGUUUCAGAAAGAGUUGUCGCAGUGGAGGAAGCAAUCAACAGAGGCAUCGAAAAAGAAGCCUAAAUAUGUUUAUAAGACAGCCCAAGAAGUACUGGAGACAGGAGGGAAGCGACGGAAGCCAGUUGUUGACACUGGGCCAAGGGUCAAGGUGAUUGAUAUGACAGGCAGAGAGCAGCGAGUCUUGUCAGGAUACCAUGCUAUUGGGAAGAGCCAUGACCAGCCAGAUGAAGCAGAGGAGCUAUUGAAACCAGAACCAGAAAAGAAACGAGUGUUCAGCAUGCCAGAACUGAUGCACAACCUCAGUUUGCUGGUGGAGAUGGCAGAAGAUGAGAUCAUCCACAACGACCGCAAGCUGCGGCAGAGUCGUGACCAGAUAGUUAACCUGGAGCAUGAGCAGGAUCGCCUGCAGACGGUCGUGUCCCAGGAGGGCCAGCAGCUGGAGAGACUGCAAGUUGUCAUGGAUCUUGUGAGAAGCUGUGAGGAGAGGACACAACCAGGCUGUCCUAACCCCCUGACACUCGACUCCUGUGCUGAGAUGUUCAAGAUGCUGCAGCAUGAAUACUAUGAGGAGUACAAGAUCUAUGACAUGCCUUCGCUGGCUAUUGCUCUGGUCUUUCCCCUGAUGAAAAAGUUUUUUGAAAGUUGGCUGCCAUUGCGAGACCCUGAGUACGGCCUUCACACUGUUCUGGAAUGGCAGUUGCUGCUGGGCUCUGACGAGAGUGCCAUGAUGUCACAAGACAGGGGUCACAGUCUGGCCAGCAUGGAUGUCUAUCAGAGGCUCAUCUGGGAUGUCUGGCUGCCCCCUGUUAGGGCUACCAUUCUGAAAUGGCGAGUACGAGACACAGAUCCCAUGAUCGCGUUACUGGACACAUGGAAGCCAGCAUUACCUCCCUGGGUGCUGGAGAACAUCCUGGACCAGCUUGUGUUGCCCUUGUUGCUGCAGGAGGUGGAGAACUGGAACCCUCUGACAGAUACCACACCCAUACAUUGUUGGCUGCAUCCAUGGCUUCCUCUGAUGGGCGAUAAACUAGAGCCCUUGUAUGCACCCAUUAGACACAAAAUUGCCAGUGCUCUCACAAGCUGGCACCCAUCAGAUGUCUCAGCCAAGAUCAUCCUGGAGCCGUGGCAUGGGGUCUUCCGUCCGGGCCACAUGAGUGCUUUCCUGGUGAAGAACAUCUUGCCUAAGUUGGAGCUAGAGAUGCAGAACCUGACCAUCAACCCUCAUCAACAGUUUCUGGAUUCCUGGAGGUGGGUGAUGUCCUGGAAGGACCUGAUGCCUGUGCAGGCCCUGGUAGGCAUGCUGGAGAAAGCUUUCUUCCCCAAGUGGCACCAGGUGCUUCUGGCCUGGCUGACCAACCUGCCCAACUAUGAGGACAUCACCAGGUGGUACCUGGGCUGGAAGGCUCAGUUCCCAGAAAACCUCAUUGGUCAUCCACUUAUCAAAGAGCAGUUCAACAAGGCCCUGGAGACGAUGAACCGAGCGGCAUCAGGUGCCUUUGUUCCAGGUAUCAAGGAGAAUAUUGCCUACUUUACGCUGACAGAAAAAAGGCGAAUACUGGACUCAAGAGCCCCAGCAGGACAGCAGACAUCAGCUGGUGACAUUGAGGUAUGUUGUUUCUCCUGUCAGCUCUUUACCAUCUCAUGCAGCGAUCUCAUAGGCAGCUAG